AUGACCGCCAAACAUGAGCCCAUAGCCGUGGUUGGAAUGGCAAUCAAGGUCGCCGGAGCCGACGACGUGCAAGAGUUUUCGCAAAUGCUGCGCACCGGAAAGUCACAGCAUGAGUUGAUUGGGCCGGACCGUCUUAUGAUGGACACGCUGUUUCGCGAGGAAGAAAAGGAUCCGUCGCGAAAUUGGUAUGGAAAUUUCAUCAGAGACGUUGACGCCUUCGACCACAAGUUCUUCAAGCGCAGUCCGAGAGAGUCCACCACUAUGGACCCCCAGCAGCGUUUGUUUCUACAGGCUGCUUACCAGGCUGUCGAGCAGUCAGGCUAUUUCACUGAAAAUGACAAUGGCGGCGAUAAGGAUAAGAGGCAUGUUGGUGUGUAUGUUGGAGCUUGUGCUGCUGACUACGAGCACCAUGUCGCAUGCCACUCUGCCAACGCUUUCACGGCCACCGGAAACCUGAAGAGCUUUGUUCCAGGAAAGGUAUCGCACUAUUUUGGAUGGACAGGCCCAUCCAUGACAUUCGACACAGCUUGCUCAUCUUCGGCCGUUGCCAUCCACACAGCCUGUCAGAAUCUCCUGUCUGGCGAAUGCUCGGCUGCUCUGGCUGGCGGUAUAGCUACGAUGUCUAACUUUCUCUGGUUUCAGAACCUUGCGGGAGCUAGCUUCCUCAGCCCGAGUGGACAGUGCAAGCCCUUUGAUGAUGCAGCAGAUGGAUACUGCCGGGCCGAGGGUAUCGCCUGUGUUUUCCUAAAGAGGCUGAGCGAUGCUCUGAAAGAUGGAAAUCCUGUUUAUGGAUGUAUUGCCAGCACAGCUGUGUACCAAAAUCAGAACUGCACCCCUUUGUUUGUGCCAAACUCCCCGUCUCUCUCCCAGCUCUUCAGAGAUGUCAUCGCCAAAGCAGGCCUCAAACCGAGCGACAUCUCCCUUGUCGAGGCUCACGGAACAGGCACACCUGUUGGUGAUCCCGCGGAAUAUGAAAGUAUUCGCCUUGCCAUUGGCGGAUCAAACCGCGAAACAACACUGCCCAUCGGUUCUGUCAAAGGACACAUUGGCCAUACUGAGGGUGCAUCGGGAAUAGUAUCACUCAUUAAAGUCAUCGUCAUGAUGCAGGAAAAGUACAUUCCUCCCCAGGCUAGCUUCUCCAAAAUGAGCUCUCACAUUAAAGUGACACCUUUCGACAUGAUGGAAGUCGUCACUAGCUUGCAACAUUGGGGCGUUGACCACGGAGCCAUGAUGGCAGUCGAGUCUGAGGAGGCUCAUGUACUUGAGCUUCUGGCUGAAGCAAAUGAGUCAGAUGGGACGGCCGAAAUAGCGUGCCAUAACGGGCCGCGCAGCUUCACACUUGCCGGACCUACCAGAUCAAUCGAAAGGGUCGCUGAGGUGAUAGCAAGAGACUCCAGAUUCCAGUCCAUCAAGUUUAAAUGGCUCAACGUGACAAACGCUUUCCACUCGAGCCUGGUCGAUCAACUGACCCCGGAGCUGGAAGCCAUUGGUAGAGAACUAGAGUUCAAGGAGCCUUCCAUACCACUGGAACGAGCAACUCGUACCAGGAUCGACUCCAAGCCAGAAGAUAAGUUUGUUUCGGAGCAUAUGAGAAAUCCAGUGUAUUUCAACCAUGCUAUACAGCGACUCGCAAACGAUUACCCCUCCGCUGUCUUUAUCGAAGCGGGAUCGACCUCUGGUAUCACCAUGAUGGCAAGUCGUGCCUUGGCAGGACACAAAGAUUUCAGUUCACAGUACUUCCAAGCAAUCAACCUUACAAACGACAAGGCAAUGGACAAUCUCACAGACGCCACCUUGUCCUUGUGGAAUCAGGGGCUGUCCCUUGCUUUCUGGGGCCACCACCCAUCACAGAGUAGCGAGUACACCACGAUGAUGAUACCACCAUAUCAAUUUGAAAUGUCUAAGCACUGGCUUGAACUCAAAUCUCCUCUUCAAGCUGUAAAUGCUGCUGCUGCUGCACUUGGACCCCCACAGUCCACUGCCGAGGGCAAAGAAAGAGGACAUGGGAAAACAGACGGUCUGUGGAGUUUGGUUUCCGGCCAGGCAGAUGGCCCGGUAUUCCGUAUCAACACAAGCUCAGAAAAGUACAGAAGCUUCAUCUCGGGACAUUUGAUUGCCCAAACCGCCCCCAUCUGUCCUGCUACCCUCAUGGUUGAUAUGGCCAUCGAGGCACUGUUUAGCAUCAAUUCGAAAUGGAGGGAAAACGGCUUUCUCCCCGUUAUUCACCACAUGGUCAACCACUCGCCACUCUGCGUCAACUCUUCACUUACUACCUAUCUCAAGUUUGAGCCGCUAGGCGAUCAAGGUACCCACUGGAAGUGGAGGAUCUAUAGUCAUGAGUCACAAUCAGACGAGAAACAUGCGGAGACGCAUGUUGAAGCUGAGAUUCACAUCCGAGAUCCUCUCGAUAGAGGCUAUCAAUCGGAGUUCUCACGCUUCGAUCGACUAGUGACCCACACCAACUGCACAAAGAUGCUUCAGCUCGGCUUGGGUGGGCAUCAAGCUGACCGGAUUGACGUUCUGACGGGCCGCAACAUAUACCGCACGUUCUCUGAUGUUGUUGACUACGGUGACUUAUAUCGUGGCGUCGGAGCUAUUGUCGGUUCUUCAACUGAGUGCACAGGGCACAUUGUCAAGAAACCCUCUGGGAUCACCUGGCUCGACGUACCUCUCAGCGACUCCUUCAGUCAAGUCGGCGGCAUCUGGGUAAAUUGCAUGACCGACUGCGAUCCAGCUGAUAUGUUCAUUGCCACGGGUUGUGAGUUGUCUAUGCGGUCCCCGUUUGUCGACCAAGAAUCCGAUCAGACCCAGGAGAGCUGGCAUAUAUUUGGUCGGCAUACUCGCCAAUCUGAGAAACUCUGGGUAUCAGACUUAUUUAUCUUUAAUGCAUCAACUGGCCUAUUGCGUGAGGUGAUGAUGGGUAUUCAGUAUGCGCGGGUGGCAAAGGCCUCUAUGCGCCGUAUGUUGACGAGGCUGACUACUGAUCCGUCAGCUCUCAAAUUAAAGCCACCAACGGAAAUUAUCUCCAAGCCCACUGAGCCUAUACUCACUCCUCCCCUAUCCCCUGGAAAUGUUGCUGAAGAUAGAGGAGCUUCUAAAGAAGAGGGGGUAUCUAUCAAGCCCAGAGCCCCCAGCCAUCCGGAUAUCACGGAGGACGUUAAGAAGCUUGUGGCACAUGUGGCAGGAAUAGAGGCUGGCGAUAUUACGCUUGAUGCCGAAAUGGCGGAUUUUGGUAUCGACUCGCUUAUGGGUAUGGAGGUUGCUCGUGAGGUUCAGGUCGUUUUUAAGUGCACCUUGGAUCAGAAUGAGCUGAUGGAGGCAACAAGUCUCCGAAAGUUUGUCGUAUGCAUAUCGAAAGCGCUCUAUGGCCCUGAUUACGAUGGUGCCUCAGCUUCCAGCACCGACGACAACAGCGAGUCAUCUGGUAGCUCGUCUGAUUUGAGCAAGGUGUCAAGCUUGACUACACCCACAGACCUCGACCUGGCACAGACUCCACCAAAACCUUCAUCGUCUAUGGAUUCGAAGCCGGUAUCAAGCAAUCUGCAGCUUUCCGCGUCCGAUGUACUGGCAUCAUUCGCUCAGGUGAAACUUCUCUGCGAUGAGCACCUUGUAGACUUUAAAGUCGAUAACAUCGACCGUGAGGUCUUGGCUGGCUCCAGUCGUCUCUGUGUCGCCCUUGUCGUUGAGGCCUUUGAACAGCUUGGUGCCUCUCUGACGACUGUAGAGCCUGGAAGAGUCCUCGAACGCAUACAGUUCCCGCCAGCUCACACAAGAUUGGUGGACUUCAUCUAUAGAUUCCUUUCUGAUAAUGCCCGCCUUAUCGAUAUCAACGAUACAACCGGACAGAUCACGCGUACACGGGUUCCUACUCCUCGCAAGACAAGUUCGCAGAUACUCGAAGAGCAGCUGGCCAAGUAUCCCGAGUUUGUAGUGGCCAACAGACUCACCUACUAUGCAGGAACUCACUUGGCCGAUGUUCUCAAGGGAAAGACAGACGGCCUUCGUCUUAUCUUUGGAAGUAUCGAGGGUCGUGAUCUAGUACAAGCAUUGUACUGUGACCACACUUUCAACCGAAUGAACUAUAACCACAUGAAGCUUGUUACAGAAAAUCUGGUGGAGAGACUUGGAAACAGUCAGCCUGGCGAGACGCUGAAGAUACUCGAAGUAGGUGCUGGAACUGGAGGGACAACCCAUGUCCUGGCGCCAAUGCUAGCAAAGCUCGGAAUCCCCGUUGAGUACACAUUUACAGAUAUAUCUGGAUCUAUGGUUGCAAACGCCAGACGCAAGUUUGGCAAGUCAUAUCCCUUCAUGAGAUUUGCAUUCCACGACAUCGAAACACCGCCAGCUGAAGAUCUGAAGGGUCAACACAUCAUCAUUGGUAGCAACGCGGUGCAUGCAACCAGGAAUCUUGUGACUUCUGCUUCUAAUUUAAGAAGUGCACUGCGUGCCGAUGGCUUUUUGAUGAUCCUGGAGAUGACCGAAUCUGUACCCUUUGUCGACAUCAUCUUCGGUCUCCUCGAGGGCUGGUGGCUGUUCGACGAUGGCCGCCAGCAUGCCAUUAUUACCGCUGAGGAAUGGGAGCGUAAUCUUCACAACGCUGGUUACGGCCAUGUUGACUGGACUGAUGGAUCACUGCCCGAGAACACUUUCCAGAAGGUCAUCAUCGCUCUCGCAUCAGGAAAGCCCCGAGAUAGGCUACCCAAAUCAACCUUGAGCAAGGCAGCAGUUGAGGAGUCGAUAAGCGAAGAGCAGGAAAGGCAGAGAGAGUUGGAAAUUGAACGAUAUAUUGCUAAGUACUCGGCUGGCUUUGAGGCACACAACGAGGUACGAGACGCCCGCCCAAUCACCCGGACCCAGAGCAAGAAGGCUGUGGUCCUUUUGACUGGCGCUACCGGUAGUCUCGGCUCUCACCUAGCCAGCAGUCUUGCGAGUAACGACCAUGUGGAAACAGUUGUCUGUAUCAACCGCCGAAGUAGGGCACCAGUUGAAGAACGACAGGACGAAGCUUUCAGGUCUCGCGGCAUUACACUCACUUCUGCUCAGCAAUCCAAGUUGCGUAUUCUCGAAGUAGAUGCCUCGAGCUCCAACCUAGGCCUCCCUACGUCCGACUAUGAAUGGCUGGUGCAGAAUGGGACGCACAUUAUACACAACGCUUGGCCAAUGAGUGGAACUCGGCCUGUCAAGGCAUUCGAACCUCAAUUCCGGGCUCUCCGUCACCUGUUGGAUCUUGCACGGGACAUGUCCCGUCGCAAGGAUGUUCCUCGUAUCACGUUCCAGCUCGUGUCUUCUAUAGGUGUUGUCGGCCACUUCAACUCAUCCCGAGGUCCAGAGGAGCGUGUUUCCCUAGGAUCUGUGCUUCACAUCGGUUACUGUGAAGCAAAAUGGGCAUGCGAGCGUAUCCUCGAUCAGACACUACACAAGCAUCCAGAUGUCUUUGAUGCCAUGGUUGUGCGUCCCGGACAGAUCGCUGGUUCAAGCAAAAGCGGCUUUUGGAAUCCCAUAGAACACUUCGCAUUUCUCGUCAAGUCGGCUCAGUCUCUCCGUGCAUGGCCCGAUUUUGAUGGCGUUGUGCAAUGGGUCCCAGUGGAUAAUGUGGCUAAUACCAUGGUUGAUUUUCUAUAUCUAGGGGAUAUAGAUCGUCCUGAGCCGCAUCCCGUCUACCAUAUCGAUAACCCAGUUGGGCAGCCCUGGAAAGUCAUGUCACAAGCGUUGGCGGCUGCUCUGGACAUUCCACCUCGGCGCAUUAUCCCUUUCAGCCGAUGGGUAAAGCUGGUGCGUAACUCGCCACUUCCAGCCGAUACCUGGAACCCGGCUGCACGACUUAUUGAUUUCUUGGAUUCUAACUUUGAGCGCAUGUCUUGCGGUGGUUUGAUUCUCGACACGAUGAAGGCACAGAAGCACUCUAGUACUUUGUCAGCACAAGGUCCUGUUACUACAGAAAUUGCUGUGAAAUACAUAAGAUACUGGAAGGAGAGUGGUUUUUUAGCUUAG